GCCAAAAUGGCUUCGUCUAAUUACACCAAUUGCCUCUUCGAAAAGUUCAUUUGCAGCUAAACUGAGAGGUGAUUCAUUAUCGCAGAAGCCUUUUAAACCUUCUGAGCUGGCGAAGAAAUGGGAAAGGAUACCAGAAGGAUUGCGAACAACUAUUCCUCCAGUGGCCAAGGGAAAAAACACCAAUCUUAUCGAGAUCAAAAACCUACCGUAUACAGUAAUCCCUCAAGAUAUCAAAAUUUUAGCGGGUGAUACUUCCAAGAACGUGAGUUCUAUCAGCGAAAUUGCCUUUCUUCGUAACAAUUACUUUCAGCUUACAGGUUCGGUUAUGGUACGUUUUCAUACCGAAAAAGAUGCAGAACGAUUCAUGACAAAGAAUUCCAUGACAUCUUUUUGUGGGCAUAAAUUGGACAUUGUUACACAUUCCAAAGCUUAUGUGUUUCAACGAAAGUUACCGCAGUACUUACGCAGGGAACCGGGGAAUUGCAUCAUUGUGAGCGGUUUUCCCGUUAAUAUUGCAAUUGACAGUAUAAAAGAAACCCUUGUAUCAGAUUAUCCUGGCAUCUCAAAUACGCUCUGCGAACAAUUUAUACCAUUACAGAUCCCUGGAAUUGCACCAAUGUCAUCAAAAUGGUUACUUGUAUUUAAGUCAAAACAAGAAGCUUACCGAAUGGUAAGAAAGUUGCAUAAUACCUAUUUCAGAGGAGAUCAGAAUGGCAAGAAAUAUCAAUUAAAAGCUAGAGUCUUUUAUUGA